UGUUAAUUUUGUUAUUUAUGUAUGUAGCCGUAGUGUUUUUCGUCCUAACCUUAAUAAUUUAAAAUGCGUUAAUAUUAAUUGAAAAUGAAGAUUAUUUGAUGUGAUCACAGGACAAAAAGGAUUGAGAAUUAUUUAUUAUCUUUUUAACUCUGUUUUGUUAUAUAUUACAAGCCUAGAUAAAUAAUAUUGCAAGAGAUGGCAACCAAAACCCUACCUGCGGUUCACAAACUCUAUCGGAUGUCAAAACCAGACAUAUUCUCCAGAGGUGCUCCUUCACGGCUCCCUGAAGCCUACAGGAAGUUCUACGAUGAGUGGAAGGCCACUCCUCCUACCCCAGUUCACUACAUCCCUGAACCCGGCAAGUGGAAACGUGAUCCCGUCACCGGGGAAGUAUGGCCAGUUCAGAAUGUCCCUAUACCACUGAGGUAUCCAAAAGAAAUCAACACUGGUAUUUGGGGUGGAGAAGCUGUGGUUCUUGGAUACAAGAAGUCCAGAGAGAAAUUCAUUCGACAAAAGUCAACAAGGUGGUUCUUACCGACUUUGUUUAGAUCUGCAGUUCAUAGCGAAAUACUGGACAAAAGACUAUCAGUCAUUGUAACUAAGCGCACCAUAAGUCUCAUCGUUGACCAUAAAGGUUUUGAUAAUUAUCUUCUUGAGACUUCUUCAAGUGACUUAUCCAGCCUCUUAGCUCUAAAGCUGAAGAAAAAAAUGCUUCUGGCUUUGUUUGACAAGUCUUUAUAUCCAGAUGACCCAAUCAAACGAGAGAAAAUUUACAACAAGUACAAACACCAUCUAGAUAAGUACAAAAGAGAAGAUCUAGAGUGGUACGCUCUUAGUAUAACGGAAGCAGUGAAUAAACUCGAGGAAAUGGAAGAAUCAGUUCGACCACAACCGCUAAAGCACCAAUUCCGAGCUGAAUUGAUUGAAGAGCUCAAAGUCAUUGCCGAAAAUCAGGAGCUUGAUGAAAUCGUCAAAACAGAUACGGAAAAAUCAUCACAAACUUGGUUGACAAGGAUAAAUCCAUUCGCCAGGAAGUCGUGACCCAAACCUUUGUAUGUGUGAUAGGCAGAAUGUCAUUAUUAAACUCUAUUAGAUUUA